AUGGCCGGUCCCACGCAUGCGGGGGCAGAUGGACUGUCGGAGCCCGAGGGCAUCUCUCUGAAACGCGUGGCUGUGGUGGAAGAUUUCUUUGACAUCAUAUACUCGAUGCAUGUGGAGAGCUCGUCGGAGCCGGGCAAAGCACCCAAACAUGCCGGGCAGAAGAAAACCUACCGAGCGAUUGCAGAGACCUAUGCUUUUCUCCCGAGAGAAGCUGUGACCAGGUUCCUGAUGAGCUGCACCGAGUGCCAGAAGCGGAUGCAUUUCAACUCGAACGGACUGGAGCCCAAAGAGAGCGAACCACCUUCCUCUUUGGUUUCUGGGAUCAUUGACUACAACAUGCCCCUCACCUCUACUUACCUGAAGCAAAUGAAGCUGCGGGUAAUGAACUCCCAGGAACAGGAUGAGACAUCGGUGAGCAGCGAGGACUUUGAUAUGAACGACUCCACAUGGAUCUCAGCUGACCAGCACCUGAACUCCAGCCUGAGCCCCAGCCAGGACGAGAGCAUGCGCAGCCCGCAGAACCUGCACGGCCAUGAGGACGAUGACUCCUCGUCAGAGAGCUGCAGCGGGAAUGGCUCCUCCACCCUGAACCCCUCCACCUCCAGCAGCACGCAGGGCGACAGCGCCUUCCCCGAAAUGAACGGGAAUGGCACCGCGGCCCCCAUGGACUUCACCGCCUCCGCCGACGACCAGCCCAUCAACCUCUGCGACAAACUCGCGCCUGCCCACGUCACCCCUUCCUACCAGUCGGACAGCUGCAGUGCCGACGGGCUGCGCAGCAGGGUCAAGUACGCAGUGAAGACCACGGCAGAGUCCCCUCCGUACAGCUCCGGCAGCUACGACUCCAUCAAGACAGAGGUCAGCGGCUGCCCCGAGGACCUGACCGUUGGCAGGGCCCCCACGGCCGACGAAGAUGACGAUGACCACGAUGACCACGAAGACAACGAUAAGAUAAAUGACUCAGAAGGGAUGGACCCGGAGAGGCUAAAGGCCUUCAAUAUGUUCGUGCGUCUUUUCGUGGACGAGAACCUGGACCGAAUGGUUCCCAUCUCCAAGCAGCCCAAGGAGAAGAUCCAGGCCAUCAUCGAGUCCUGCAGCCGGCAGUUCCCCGAGUUCCAGGAGCGGGCGCGCAAGCGUAUCCGCACCUACCUCAAGUCCUGCCGCCGCAUGAAGAAGAACGGGAUGGAGAUGACCAGGCCCACGCCGCCGCACCUGACCUCCGCCAUGGCAGAGAACAUCCUGGCUGCCGCCUGCGAGAGCGAGACGCGGAAAGCAGCCAAGAGGAUGCGGCUGGAGAUCUACCAGACCUCCCAGGACGAACCGAUCGCUCUAGACAAGCAGCACUCCAGAGACUCCACAGCCAUCACCCACUCCUCCUAUUCACUGCCAGCUUCAUCUUACUCCCAAGACCCAGUCUACAUCAAUGGAAGCCUGAACUACAGCUACCGUGGCUACGGGUCCCUGGGGGGCAGCCUGCAGCCGCCCGCCUCCCUCCAGACGGGCAACCACAGUAACGGUCCGACCGAUCUCAGCAUGAAAGGUGGGGCCUCCAGCACGGCCCCCUCCAACAGCACCAGCAGGGGAAUGCAGGCUGCCCAGCUCAGCCCCACGGAGAUCAGCGCGGUGCGGCAGCUGAUCGCCGGCUACCGAGAGUCGGCGGCGUUUCUGCUUCGAUCUGCAGACGAACUGGAAAACCUCAUUUUACAGCAGAACUGACUCCCUGUGUCUGCAUCGCUCCUCUGUCGAGAAGACAAUUUAUACCUGCUAGAAAGAGGCUCCCAGCGGUGUCCUGCUCAGGACCACCAUCGUCCUCCCGUGAAGCGGCGGGUACAUGUAGUUUUAGAAGGUGGAAUCCAAAAGACCUGUUUUCUUUUACACUCCAAGCACCUGGGACUUCAGGCACAAGGACACGUUUUUGAACCGUACCAACACCCGUGCGUCCAGCCGACCAGAAGCCAAACCUGCGGCUUGGAAGGAUGUGGGACUUUCAAGGGCAGAAGGGAGCCUGGGGAGGUUUGGGGCUGCAGAUGUAUUUAGAAUAACCUUUGUGGACCCAAAUGUUAGAUUCCCGUCCCCAGAUAAUUUCCAAGUCUUAGGUGAGCUGAAUCACAUAUUUAUUGAGAAAUGGACCCUC